CUUUCUCUGGUUGCACGUGGAAAAGUGAAAAUAUAACGUACAUCUGGAACUUGGAACUGGAAUGAAAACAGUUUUUACCAAGUACGAGUUCCGCGAACGGGCGUGGGGAUAUUUCCUAAAUUCGUUUCCCAAAGCCACAACACAAUCUAUCCCGCAAUCUCACCAAAAACCCUAGCUCCUUCUGCUUUCUCCCUUCCUUUCUUCCAUGGAAUCCGUCGUCGAGGAAGCUACGAACCCACAGUUCCAUCUCUCAGAUCCCUCCCCUCAGCCGGAAAACCUGGCCCUGGACACUGCCGAGCCGCCUUCUCCUGAAAACCCGCCCCAAUCUCACGACGCGUAUCCCGCUGCCAUAGGCAAUAAUGGCCAGAUCGAGUUCCCGAAGCCUAGGCUCGACUUCACCAAGCCUCUCCUAUCCGAGAAUGGCCUCGCCAACACCAACAGCGGCGACAGGGACUUCUCCGGCGGUGAAGAGGAGACGACGAGCCGUCGCAAGCGGAGGAGCCGCUGGGACCCGCAGCCGGACGGCAGCGGGGGAAAUCAGGCGGCGGAUGGAGGUGGGAGCAAUAACGGUAGCAGUAACAAUAAUACUAAUGAAGCCGGGAGUGGCACUCGGAAGAGGAAGUCGAGGUGGGCGGAUGAUGAGCCCAAGCCUGUGAUUCAGCUCCCUGAUUUUAUGAAGGAUUUCACUGGAGGUAUUGAAUUCGACCCCGAAAUCCAGGCUUUGAAUGCUAGGCUCCUCGAGAUUAGCAGGAUGUUACAGUCUGGUACGUCUCAGUCCGGUUUGCCGUUGGAUGAUAGACCUGAAGGAGCUAGGUCUCCUUCUCCUGAACCAAUUUAUGAUAACAUGGGAAUUAGGAUCAAUACUAGAGAGUAUAGGGCCAGGGAGAGGUUGAACAAAGAGAGGCAGGAGAUCAUUUCACAGAUCAUCAAGAAGAAUCCUGCGUUUAAGCCUCCUGCUGACUACAGGCCCCCAAAGCUUCACAAGAAGCUCUACAUCCCGAUGAAGGAGUACCCAGGGUAUAACUUUAUUGGAUUGAUUAUUGGACCUAGAGGCAACACGCAGAAAAGAAUGGAGAGGGAAACCGGUGCUAAGAUUGUAAUUCGAGGGAAAGGGUCGGUGAAGGAGGGCAGGUUGCAGCAGAAGAGGGAUUUAAAGCCGGAUCCGUCUGAGAAUGAAGAUUUGCAUGUUUUGGUUGAGGCAGAUACUCAGGAGGCCUUGGAUGCUGCUGCUGGCAUGGUCGAGAAGCUGUUGCAGCCGGUUGAUGAGGUUCUGAAUGAGCAUAAGAGGCAGCAGCUUAGGGAACUAGCUGCUUUGAACGGGACAAUUAGGGAUGAAGAGUAUUGCCGGUUGUGUGGUGAGCCUGGACACAGGCAGUAUGCUUGUCCAUCCCGGACUACAACAUUUAAGAGUGAUGUGCUCUGUAAGAUUUGUGGUGAUGGUGGACAUCCUACUAUUGAUUGUCCUGUUAAGGGAACAACUGGGAAGAAAAUGGACGAUGAAUACCAAAACUUCUUGGCGGAACUGGGUGGGACUAUGCCUGAGUCCUCGAAUAAACAAACUGCCACCUUGGCUUUGGGGUCAAGUGGAUCUGGAAGCAAUCCUCCAUGGGCUAGCAACACUGGCGGUAUUGGCAGUGCGAAUCAAGCUGGACUAGGAGCCAGUGAUGGUAAAUCGACGAAGGAAUAUGAUGAUACCAAUCUUUACAUUGGCUACUUGCCUCCUACUUUUGAUGAUGAUCGUUUGAUCCAGUUAUUCUCUGCAUACGGUGAGAUUGUAAUGGCAAAGGUAAUCAAGGAUCGGGUUACUGGGUUGAGUAAAGGGUAUGGUUUUGUCAAGUAUCGUGAUGUUCAAAUGGCUAAUUCGGCAACUACUGGCAUGAAUGGAGCUCGUGUUGAAGGUCGGACCAUUGCUGUGAGGGUUGCAGGUAAGCCUCCUCAGCCUAGUGUUCCUCCUGGCCCUCCUGCAUCCAGUAUGCCCACAUACCCUGUCUCAAGUCAACCAGUUGGUGCCUAUCCAUCCCAGCAGUUCACCCCUGGUGGUCCUCUUCCACCUGCUCCUCCAGGAAACUAUGCUGCUCCUCAUCCAAGCUAUGGAGGGCCUCCUGUUCCUUGGGGACCACCUGUUCCGUCUCCCUAUGCUCAUUAUCCUCCACCUCCUCCUGGUUCACACAUGUAUCCUCCUCCUCCACCUCCUCCUGGACACCCAAUGGCACCUUAUGGCAUGCAAUAUCCUCCACCGGUGCCUCCGGCUCCCGGUGCUCCUGGUCCAACUGUGACUUCUGAAGCUCAACAAAGUUACCCACCUGGUGUCCCAUCGGAGAACCACACUUCUGCUCCGCCACCUGCAUCAUCUAACAUCUAUGGGAAUGGUCCACCAAUGCAACCAGUUUACGCAACUGCUUCUCUAGGUUACUCAUCAUACUAUAGUGCAGUUCCUCCUCCUCCGGCUGCGCCUAUGCCAACAACUGAUCACUCCCAGGGGAUGAGCAAUUUACCUUGGGCACCGAAUCCACCACAACCACCACUUCCAGGAGCUUCCACUGGAGAGAAAACGAACUAUGGAGCUGAUGCUGAGUAUGAAAAGUUCAUGGCAGAGAUGAAAUGAUGGGUCUUUUUGUGUUCCUGGUACCUAUUUGUCAAGAGGUAUGUUCUCGUCUGUAAUUUUAUGUGUAUUAAAAUUAAAACAUGUGCAUCAGUGCAUGUACCUGAUAACUAGUCACUUGGAGGUAGAAUCACACUUUUCUGACCCUCCAAAUGAUUGCAGAAAGUAGACAAGACAUGGAGUUAACCUAGUUAUCAUUUAACUCUCAAGUUAAAAUUCCCCCUUUUUUUUUUUUUUUGUACAACUGCAGUACAAACACCUGUCUUCUUAUAGUUAUAGUGGUGUCCCAAUUAGUGUAACUGAUUAAAUUUCAACUUCUCCAUUCCUCUACUUUCAAAAGAGGAAAAAAUAAAAUUCUCUGAAGUUUUGUGGUAGUAUUUAGUGGUUGUCAUAGUGCCUCUGUCAGUGAAGAGAUUGAGAAUUGAGAUGCUUCACAUUGACUUGGUUUGCACAAUGUUUGUACUAUAAAGUUUUUAUGCUUCUGUUAGACUUGGACUCUCAAUUGACCGUACUAUUGAUGCUUAAAGGGAGCUCAUGACUUUUAUUUUAUGAGUUUAGUGUACAACUGAGAAUCGGUGAAUUUUCGGUUAAUGUUAGAAAACUUAGUUACACAUUCUGUUAGCAUGAUAAAUCAUAAUGCACCUUCAUAUCUGCUUAUUCCUCUCGGUCACAUAUAUCACUAUAUGAUUAUAUCGUCAUAACAUUUCAUGCAAUGUUCUUUCUUUUUACACUUCUUAACCAUUUGCUUUUGUCGUUAUUGGAUAAUUUUUUUCAGGCCUGAUGUUUCUUGGAGCAACCUGAUUUCUUACAUCUUGCCAUGACUUUGACGUUUGGGACUCACAUCUUUAACCUUGCUGUACUGUUAUGACAUUUGCAGAGAUUUGGGCUGCUAGUUCAAUCCACAGCCUCCCAUAUCAGGGACCCAUCGGAGUUUUGUUGAUGUUCCUCACUGUUUUUGUAGGACUUAAUCGUUAUAUUCUAGUGGAUAAUGGUGCUUUGAUAUUAUGUUUUCAUUUGCUAAUCUUUCCCUUAGUGCCUCAUUUCAAAAUUAUUAUGGAAAUUGGAGACAGGUAUCCUACUGUUGUGUUUGUGUCCUACAGGUUGUUUUCAUUUGGACUCUGAUCUGUGUCAUACUUCCUGUGUUAAGCUCUCAAUAUUUUGUUUUCUUACUGCUCCCAACUUUUCUUGGGCUUUGCAUUCCUUCGAGGCAGUCGAAGGUAUAUAAGCAUUCCCUGGAAUGUGAAGGCAUUUUGGGUAGGUUGGAGAAGCUGCUGCUGCUACUGAUAUAUAUAUAUAUAUAUAUAUCUAUGUCUUCAUGUUAUAUUUGGUCAUGAUGCGCUACCUUUGCAUGGUACUUUCUUUCAAUCUACACUGACGAUUUCUUACCGGAAUGUUGAGGUGAUUCUGAUUUCGGUAGGUUCAAAUGACACUGCUACAGGGGUGUUUGUGGUGUGUGUUAUACUGGAACUCAUUGUCUGGUGCAUUCUCCUGAAAUGUGUUAGAUGAAUUAGGUGUUUGUUUAGGGUAGUGACUAGUGAUCAAGUUCUUUUGGGCAGAGCUUAAAGCUCUUUUUCUAGUCGGGGGUAACUUAACCUCGAGUUGCAGGUCCUUUCUCAGUGGAUUCAGCCGGCAAAGAAGAUGAUGCAGCUUGGGAAAACAUUGGGUCAUUGCGUUUUUUUCUUCUUGAUAUUUUCUGACCCUCUGUUCUAACCCCUUGUAUAUGUGAGCUGGUCAGGAAUUGUUGAAAACGGGUGAGGUAAUUUGUUGCCAGCAAAGACUCUCUCUGAACUUUGUCAAAGGAGAUUCUGGGGUUGGCUAUCGGCUAUUAGUGUUAUUCGCGAAAUGUGUUGUCAAGGAGAGUUAGGGUUCCUUUUCUCCAAUGGAACACGGUAAAUGACAUUGGUGGCACUUAUAAAAUAGGAUGAUCACU